AUGCCAGCUCUCGCAUGCCUCGUCGACGAGGCCCACGGGUCAAUUUCCGACACUCAACCAUUGCUCGAGAAGCAUCUCCGCCGCCGAGCCUGUUGUUCAGGCUCGAACCGAGGCGGCCCCAGUCCCAAAUUAGACGCCAUAUACAUUGGCUCCAUCAUCGCCGCCGUUCUUCUUCUUGUCCUUAUGUGUUGGAUGGCUAACCGCUGGUGUGGCAAGAAGAAGGAAUGA